CGCCGGGCACUGCAGCGGCAUCAUGGUGAAAGCCAAGGCCCAGGGCUCCACCACACUCCUCGUGAGCUACAGGCACAGCCAUGUCUCCCUGAGCGCCAGGAUCACCAUCGCUGCCUACCUGCCCCUCAAGACCGUGGAUCCUUCCUCUGUUGCUUUGGUAACCCUGGGCUCCUCAAAGGAGAUGCUGUUUGAAGGAGGCCCCAGACCCUGGGUCCUCGAGCCUUCCAAGUUCUUUCGAAAUGUCACCUCUGAGGACAUGGACAGCAUCAGUCUGGCUCUCUUUGCCCCACCUGCCUCCCGGAGUUCUCAGCAGCACUGGAUCCUUGUGACCUGCCAGGCCUUGGGUGAGCAGGUCAUCGCCCUGUCGGUGGGGAACAAGCCCAGCCUCACCAACCCCUUCCCUGUGGUGGAGCCCGCCGUGGUGAAGUUCCUCUGCGCCCCCCCAUCCCGGCUCAUGCUGAGGCCUGUCUAUACCCGUGCCCAGCUGGACCUGGCCUGUCCGCUGCUGCAGCAGAACAAGCAGGUGGUUCCUGUCUCCAGCCACCGCAACCCCUUCCUGGACCUGGCUGCUUAUGACCAGCAGGGCCGCCGAUUCGACAACUUCAGCUCCCUGAGCAUCCACUGGGAGUCCUCCAGGCCGUUGCUGGCCAGCAUCGAGCAUGAGCCGCCCAUGCAGCUGGUGUCCCAGGACGAUGGGAGUGGCCAGAAGAAACUGCACGGUUUGCAGGCCAUUUCACUUCACGAGGCGUCGGGAACCACCACCAUCACCGCCACGGCAGCUGGCUACCAGAAGUCCCACCUCAGUGCAGCUGGAGGGAAGCAGCUGCAUGACCUUCCCGUGCCCGUGUCGGCCUCCAUAGAGCUCAUCCUGGUGGAGGAGGUGAGGGUGCGCCCAGAAGAGGUGACCAUCUACAACCACCCUGGCGUCCAGGUGGAGCUCUGCAUCCAGGAAGGCUCAGGCUACUUCUUCCUCAACACCAGCACUGCCGAUGUCAUCAAGCUGGCCUACCAGGAGGCCAAGGGUGUGGCCACGGUGCACCCCUUGGAGCCAGGCUCCUUGACCAUCAUGAUCCAUGACCUGUGUCUUGCCUUCCCGGCCCCGGCCAAGGCCAUCGUUCAUGUCUCGGACAUUCAGGAGCUGUACGUCCGCGUGGUUGACAAGGUGGAGAUUGGGAAGACAGUCAGGGCAUAUGUCCGCGUGUUGGACUUCUACAAGAAACCUUUCCUGACCAAGUACUUUCCCUUCAUGGACCUCAAGCUCCAAGCGGCCUCCCAGAUUGUCACACUGGUGGCCCUUGAUGAAACCCUGGACAACUACACCGCCAUAUUCCUCAUCCACGGCAUUACCAUUGGCCAGACCAGUCUCACCGCAAGUGUGACCAACAAAGCUGGACAGAAGCGCAACUCAGCCCCACAACAGAUUGAAGUCUUUCCCCCGUUCCGGCUGAUACCCAGGAAGCUGACACUACUCAUUGGGGCCACGAUGCAGGUCACCUCCGAGGGCGGCCCCCAGCCUCAGUCCAACAUCCUUUUUUCCAUCAGCAACGAGAGCGUUGCACUCGUGAGUAGCGCUGGGCUGGUGCGCGGGCUCACCAUGGGCAACGGCACGGUCUCAGGAGUUGUGCAGGCCGUGGAUGUGGAGACUGGCAAGCUUGUCGUCGUCUCUCAGGACGUCGUGGAGGUGGAGGUGCUGCUGCUCCGGGCAGUGAGGAUCCGUGCCCCCAUCACACGCAUGAGGACAGGGACCCAGAUGCCUGUCUACGUCACCGGGAUCACCAACCACCAGAACCCUUUCUCCUUUGGCAACGCCGUGCCAGGCCUGACCUUCCACUGGUCAGUCACCAAGCGGGACAUCCUGGACCUUCAGGGGCGACAUCAUGAGGCCUCAAUCCGGCUCCCGUCACAGUAUAACUUUGCCAUGAAUGUGCUUGGCCGUGUGAAAGGCCGGACCAGGCUGAGGGUGGUGGUCAAAGCCCUGGACCCCACCGCUGGGCAGCUGCAUGGCCUCGCCAGAGAACUUGCUGAUGAGAUCCAGAUCCAGGUGUUUGAGAAGCUGCUGCUGCUCAACCCAGAAGUAGAAGCAGAGAAAAUACUCAUGUCACCCAACUCCUUUCUCAAGCUGCAGACGAACAGGGAUGGCGCUGCCGCUCUGAGCUACCGUAUCCUGGACGGGCCUGAGAAGCCUCCUGUGGUGCACAUUGAUGAGAAGGGCUUCCUGGCGUCGGGGACUGUGAUCGGGACAUCCACAGUCGAAGUGAUUGCUCAGGAGCCUUUCGGGGCCAACCAGACCAUCCACGUGGCUGUAAAGGUGUCUCCUGUUUCUUACCUGAGGGUUUCCAUGAGCCCCAUCCUGCACACACACAGCAAGGAUGCCCUGGUGGCCCUGCCUUUGGGAAUGACCGUGACCUUCACUGUCCACUUCCAUGACAACUCCGGAGACAUUUUCCACGCUCACAGUUCGGUCCUUGAGUUUGCUACCAACAGAGACGACUUUGUGCAGGUCGGGCAGGGCCCCACCAAUAACACCUACGUGGUCCGCACAGUCAGCGCAGGCCUGACGCUGCUCAGUGUGUGGGACGUGGAGCACCCGGGCCUCUCUGACUUCGUGCCCCUGCCGGUCCUCCAGGCCAUCUCCCCCGAGCUGUCAGCGGUCGUGGUGGGGGACGUUCUCUGUCUGGCCACUGUUUGGACCAGCCUGGAAGAGCUCUCGGGAACCUGGAGCUCCUCAACCAGCAGCAUCCUCCAUGUCGACCCCAAGACGGGCGAGGCCGUAGCCCAGGACAUGGGGUCUGUGACGGUGCACUAUGAGGUCGCUGGAUACCUGAGGACCUAAAAGGAGGUAGGCUUCAGGGCCCCCGGAGGCACACGG